AUGUAUCAUUCUCAAAUAUUCUCAAUCAAAUUAUUUCUUCUUAUUCAAUAUUUCGCUUAUGCUGAUAGUCAAUGCCCAUCGAAUUUCUUAAAAGGACCCUGCUCAUGUAUUGAAAGCAACUCAUCAAAUGAUCCAGUUUUACUCUAUCUAACUGUAAUAGAAUCAAUUCCUAUUCGUUCAAAAUCAAUUGUAUGUGAACAUAUUGAAAAUUCAUUGUUCGACUUACGUUCUUUCUUUGUUAAACUUAGUGCUAUAUUAUUAACAGCAGGCCAGAAAACAAAUAAUGUUACAAGUUUCAAUGAUUUUCUUUUACAUAAUACAAAAAUGAAGCAUUUACCAAGAAAUCUUUUUGGAAAUAUUACAUUUACAAAUAUUAUUCUAUAUCAAAAUCCAUUAUUGAAUUCAAUUGAUGUUAAUGCAUUUAAUAAUACACGAAAUAAAAUUGAAGUAUUUCGAACUGUCAACACAAGUUUAUCAGAUAGUAAAACGUUGUUUAGUUUGAUAAGAGAAUUUACAAACUUAAGAUUUCUUAGCAUGGAAAAUGAUAAAUUAAAAUCUAUUCCUGAUUAUGCAUUUAAUAAUACUCACCUACGAUACAUUUGGUUUGGUGCUCAUUUUAAACAAACAUCUCAACCAAUCGAAUACAUUGGAAAAUAUUCAUUUUAUCAUGCACCAAGUUUAACAUCAUUAAGAAUUUUUUCACCUUUAUUAGCAAAAAUUGGUAAAUAUUCAUUGGCUAUGAAUAGAAUUUCAAGAAUAGUUAGCGAUGAUCUAAGUCAAAUGCUAUAUAUUGACAUUGGUGGUUCAAUGAUAGAUUCUUAUAGUUUCGAAUCGACAUCGUUGACUCGUUUACGUAAUCGAUCAACAUUUUUGCGACUUUACAAUACAAGUAUCGAUUAUUUAGAUGAAAAUGUCUUUCAACCUUUUCUUGAAUCAAAUCCAUCAUCAUUAUUAGAUGUUCAAGAUUCAAGUUUAAGUCGAUCGUGUGAUUCUAGAUCGUUAUGGAUUAAAAGUGAAUAUUGUAUAAAUAUUAAUUCACGUGAAAAUCGAGUUUAUGGCACUGCAUGUUGUUCGUUUUAG